UUCGGAGAAAUCACCAGAACUGUGCCAUCUAUGAGGAUGGUCCGGCAAGUGUCGUAGCCCGUGGUUGCGACAUCGUGGGAGCCGCGCGGUGGCGACCGCAUACUCUCGACUUCGGUAGUCGCGCAGCGAGUAAGCGAGUUGCAUCGAAAACGCGAGCGAAGAAGGUGCCCCGUAUGUGUCUCGUCCGGUGCGUCGCCGUCGGCCAUUGUCUCUGACAUGGAAGCCUAUCAAAAUGGCAGAGGUCGUGCAGAUGUUUUUGUUCCUAUAUAAAUCGAAGUACCGUCGGAAAGGGCAGUGCCGUGAAGUGGUACGGGAUCAGUGCGGUGUAAUUGCAGUGCCGUGGCCGAUACUGUGGGUGGCGCUGAUCUGCUGGGUGGUGCACGUAACCGCGGCCGCCUCCUCCUCCUCGUCGUCGCUGACGGCGGAUACGACCUGCGACACGGACAGUUGCGUCAACGGGGACUGUGUCAAUGGCACCUGCGUGUGCCACGAGGGUUGGCAGGGUUCGGCGUGCCAAUUCUGCGGCGGAAAAGUCAGACUGACGGAGCCGACGGGGAACAUUCACGACGGUAUCGGGAACUACACUGCGGAUGUGAAGUGUUCCUGGCUGAUCGAGAGCACGCCGAACACGACCAUACGACUGCACGUGGAACAAUUCGCGACGGAAUGCGGCUGGGAUCACAUGUACAUCUACGACGGUGACAGCGUCGAGGCGCCGUUGCUCGCCGUGUUCUCCGGAUUGAUGCACAAAGAUGGUUACCACAUACGCCGCGUUCCGGAAGUGAUCGCGCGCUCCGGAAGCGCGUUGCUUCACUUCUACUCGGAUGUCGCGUACAACAUGAGCGGCUUCAACAUUAGUUACAAGAUCAACGCCUGCCCCAGCAGGUAUUCUCACAUCGACUGUUCCGGUCACGGGGUUUGCAUCGAUGGUGUGUGCACGUGCGAUGCCACAUGGACCGGUGAAGCAUGCGAGGUUCAAGUUUGCCCGAACAAUUGUUCCCAUAGUCACGAGCAGGGCGAGUGUAACCGCGAAAGUCAUCACUGUGACUGUAGACACGGUUACAAAGGUUCCGACUGCAGCCAAAGAAGCGACCGUGGAUUCUGGGAGAGCGUGUCCUACACAGACUUCUCACCAGAAGGUUCGGCUAGUCAUUGCUCUAUCGUUUGGAAGGAUUCUCUGUACGUAGUCGGUGGCGAGAGCUUUCACCACGCCAAAAUGAUCUACGUUUAUGAUUUCAAUGGAAACGUUUGGGAGACCCCUCACGUGGAGGGCAAGGUUCCUCUGCCGCGAUACGCUCACUCCUGUGUACUCUUCGGUGACAAGAUAUUCAUGUACGGUGGUGUACUGCCUAAUUCUACGGUGACCAACGAGAUCUGGGCGUUCGACGUGUCGGCGAAAGUCUGGGAGAACGUAACUGUGCACGACAAUUUCCACAACAACAAAACGAUACGCGGUGGUCCUUUAAAGGUAGCUGGACAUUCUGCUACCCUUGUGCAAAGCCACGGAAGGAAAGAAAAGAUGGUGGUAAUAUUUGGCUAUUCACCUCAGUAUGGCUAUUUGAAUGAAGUUCAAGAAUAUUAUUUGGGUACUCGUGAAUGGCAAAUUGUGGAGACAGUUGGAUUCCCUGUGAAAGGUGGUUACGGUCAUACGUCUGCUUAUGAUCCAUUGACGAAUCUCAUCUACGUGUACGGUGGAUACGUGUCAGAGUCACAGAGCACGCAGGUGUUAACUAGACGACUGUACUCUUAUCAUCCUAAUAAUCGUGAAUGGAGAUUGCUCACAUCAGCACCAUCGGCUCGUUUCUUUCACACGGCUGUAUUCAUUUCUGGUGGGUUGAUGAUCGUUUUUGGUGGUAACAUGCACAAUGAUACACAACAUUCGGAUGGAACGAGGUGUUAUUCAGCGGAUACGAUAGGAUAUGAUGUCACGUGUGACUCAUGGCAUCAGUUUCCUAUGCCAAAAGAAAUGACUGAUCUACCUAGAUAUGGACAUAGUGCAACCGUGUUCGAGAAAUCCAUGUAUAUCUAUGGGGGAUUUGAUGGACAGAUGUUAUCUGACAUGUCAAGGUACACACCAGGGAACUGCGAGCACUUGAUGAAUCAGAAUCAGUGUUUGAAUGCAAGAACAGGUGUGAAGUGCGUAUGGGAUAAGAGGGAGAAUCGGUGUAUACAGAUCACCAAGAUACCCCGGCACGUGCUUCUUAACGACGAUAUGCACGAUGGAAUUUACAUGAGAUGCCUGGACGACACGCCGCCCCGCGGGAUGACAUCUCACAAAGAGUUAUGUAAAUUGCUCACGGACUGUGUGGCAUGCGUGCAGACGUCGUAUAAUUGCGUGUGGUGCGGCAAGAGUUGCUCGUACGAGAUUUGCCGAGACAAUGCCAACGCGCCCCCGACCAAGGCGAUCACCGAUUUGGAACAGUGCGACCCUCACACCGGUAUCGAGUGUUUACAGUUAUUUACGUGCCACGCGUGCUCCAGUAAUCCGCACUGCAUUUGGUCCUGGUCGAAUGGGCCUGAUCGGUGUAAGCCAUACUCGAAAGCGCGAGAACAUGUGGCUCUUUUAAACGGGACUAUUCAAGCACAAAGGCUGUCCAUAGACUCUUGUCGCAGUCCAUGCGUAGAAUACACUUCUUGUAAGAAUUGCACAGAGUCUGACUGCAUUUGGUGUCAAAACGAGAAGAAGUGCGUAGACAAGAACGCAUAUCCUGCGAGUUUCCCUUACGGACAAUGUCGCGAAUGGACUACGGUUGACGCGAAAUGUCGGCCCACGGAAACAGGAAAAGAAUGGUGCACGUUUUAUUCUUCUUGCGCGGCAUGUCGCUCCGAUCCCGGGUGUGGAUGGUGCGACGAUGGUUCAGGGACAGGAAAGGGUCUGUGUCUGCCAGGUGGAGCUCGUGGUCCAAGCAGUAAGAGCUUAGAUACGUGUCCGUUUGAACGAUGGUACUUUACGAAAUGUCCUACCUGCCAAUGUAACGGGCACAGCAAAUGUCUCUCGAAUAGUAGCAUGUGUAUUCAGCCGUGUGGAAAUUUAACAUAUGGACCUCACUGCGAUAAAUGCAUUCCCGGUUAUUACGGGAAUCCACUAAAUGGAGCCACUUGCCAACCCUGCUUUUGUAAUAAUCAAGGCACACACUGUACGAGUGAGACGGGUAAAUGUUUCUGCACAACGAAAGGCAUUAUCGGGGAUCAUUGUGAACGAUGCGAUGUGUCUAGCCUUUAUCAUGGAGAUCCUACCAAUAAAGGAUCGUGUUUUUACGAUUUGGCCAUCGACUUUCAAUUUACAUUUAAUUUAAGUAAAAAAGAGGACCGCCAGUAUAGAGCCAUCAAUUUCAAGAAUUCCCCGCCAAAACCCGAUAUUGACGCGGAAUUCUCCAUUACGUGUUCCGUGUUGGCUAAAAUGAACAUCACUGUGAAGAGAGGCGCCGCGCCUGAACAGCCGCUGAUUCUUGGCGCGAAUUGCACGACCAGCAUGUACAAGCACCGGUUUGUCAAAGACGGUUACGGUUUCGGUAGCGAGAACAAUAACACAUUGACCACAUUCUACGUUUACGUAUAUGACUUCCAGCCACCGGUGUGGAUUCAAAUUUCCUUUUCACAAUAUUCCAAACUCAAUCUGCAACAGUUCUUCAUAACAUUUUGCACAGAUUACAUGCCUAGGUGCUUCCUCGCUCUCCUGUUGGUGGCUGCUGUUCUUUGGAAGAUUAAGCAAAAAUAUGAUAUGUACAGAAGAAGACAGAGAUUAUUCGUAGAAAUGGAGCAAAUGGCCAGUAGAGCGUUUAGCCAAGUUUUGGUUGAGAUUGAAAGGCGAGACGUCGAUAAUUCAGACUCGGAAAGGAGUGAGUCCGAGUUAAUUAAUUGCCGCAAAAAGAAAAAGGAUGCCCCUAGUCCGAUCGCAUUGGAGCCCUGUUGCGGUAACAGAGCAGCGGUCUUGUCGUUGCUAGUCAGACUGCCUACUGGUGGUGAACCUUACACGCCAGCUGGACAGAGCGCCGGUUUAGCCGUGGCGUCUGCGUUAGUUACGCUGGGUAGCCCGCGGAGGCCCUCUCAGGAAUUGACGACGAAGGAGCCGACGAAAACGCGAAAGUCUGCCAGCCAACACCCAGAUUCCACUUGCAUUUAGCGAUAAGGGCGUGAAACUAGAGAGACACCAUUGGACACGUAAAAUCGCGGGUGACUAUACAAUGAGCCUUAGACAUGUUUCUGUGAUCUUGCCUUAGCGAACUGUGGGCAGGACUGUUCAAACUCUUCGAACUCUGAUCGAGUGAAGUGUGUAAUCAUUCGUUAAUUAUUAUUAUUAACUUCCCCCCCCCCCCUGUCUUUUUUUUAAACACUUUCGUUUCUCGUCCUCGCUCGUUCCGCGACGAAUCUUCGUUUCGUUCCGUACGAUACCGAUCGGUGAAAACGAAUUUCGACCUCCCGUGGAUAAUUCGUAAUUCCCCGAGAUGAAGAAAAUCGCGUCAUACUCAACUAAGCGGUCAGCUAAGCGGUUCGACCGGCCGGAGUCUUUCGUUCAGCCGAUUCCGGUAAGUAAAUUCAGUUCUACGGAUCGUAAAUCCAAACGCGCUUGGCUGACUUGAGACUCUUUUUUUAUUCCUUUUUUCUUUUUCUAAUACCUUUCUUUCGUCCUCGUCGUGACGAGGACGUGUACAGUGUUGUAUAUAUAUAUAGAUCUGUUGCGCGAUUUGUUUCUCUUCGUUUUACUCAAUGCGAGUUCAUCAGUCGAAUUCGUCUCGCGAUCAUCGAAGUGUCUUCGAAAAAAGGGCUAUAAAAAGGAGAAAAAGAAAAAAAGAAACCGAAUGUUGUUCUGUAUCGGAGGAUACUUUUUGGCGCGCAAUGAAGUUCAUAGUCAGUGCUGCCCUCUGUCUGCGACUAAUUCGUGCGAGUAGUCGCCGAACUAAAUUGGCGGGAAACAUCGACGAACGAAAUGACGCAAUAUACGGGGAAGUUCGAUUUGCUAGAUACAGUUUCGAAUAUGUAAUUUUCGUUCUUCGUUUUCUUUUUUUUUUUUUUUUUCUUGUAUAGUUGUGUAAAUACGUGUGUAUCUGUAUAUCCGAAAGUGAAGAACCAUGACGCAGACGAACUGUACAGAUGUAAAACUGGUUCGAAAGACGAAGAAAGGAAGCGAAAAGCGAGUGACAAGGAAUAUGUCGUUUCUUUUUUUUUUCGUUUAUUCGUCUCUCUCUAGCAAGCGGUAAAGACUCAAUUCUAAAUCAACGGAAAUGAAUGGAAGCGAGUUUCGUUGAUGUUUUGAAAGUCGCGCCAAUUUCGUAUCAUGGUCUUCGUAUUCGACGUGUCCGUUGUGCCAAAGUAUUUUCAUAUUGGUUUGUUAAAAAGAAAAAAAAAAAAAUCUUAUCGACGAGUCAAUCAGUCACAAAAUCAAUUAUCAGAGAUGUGGAAAUCCAUUCCUUUUGUUAGCUUGUCUCUGUUCAUUUCCGUAGAGAAAGCAUUCGUUAUACGAUCGAAAGAUACGAAACCGGAAGCUGUUCGUCCUGCGUCGAAAAUUUUUUCUUUUUUGCAAAUACGACGACGUAAUUCCGAUCGUAUAACGUUCGACGUAAUUUUAACGAACUUAGAAAACAAGAAGAAGAAGAAGAAAAAGAAGAAGAUGAUGAAGAAGAAAAAGAAGAAGAAGGAUGUGGACGUUGCAAUAAAUUAUAAGAAUCGCGAUUAUUCUUCGGUCGACGAUAACGAUUUUCGUUUCGCUGUAAAAUGGCGGUGCUGGUUGUUUCACGUACCAUGCCUACUCUUGAAAAAAAAAAGAACGUUUGAAACAAGCAAAGAAUGAAAAAAGACAAACGAACGUAUAUGUUACGUGGCUGUGGUUUCGUUUUAAUUAUUAUCGUUCUCUCAUUUAUACUAUCGAUAUAUACAAAUUUCUUACGUGUUUAUCUUUCUUUCUUUUUUUUUUUUUCUUUUGCGUGGCCAAGGAACGAUAGCUGCUUCCGUUCUGAAAUUUAGAAUGAUCUCACGUUCUUACUUCCUGUUCUGAAUAUGGAGGCAGCUCUUACUAUCUCGUGUUCCAUAAAAUACAUAAAGAAGAAACUGUUCUCCCACGUUGUUUCACGUGUCGCAUAACAGUUUCUUACGACUUAAACCACCAGCACUUGCACAGAAUACGAACAGAAUAUUCGCGUAUAAGCGUCGUCUAUUUUAAUUUCUCUGCCGCAGCGAUCGAGUUUUUUUUUUUAACGCGCGUGGGGGUUGAUUUUACCACGCUGUUCUCGUGACAAUUACGGGAUCUUCUGUUCGCCGUGUGAAACGAGCAUUAGACUCGAGAGGAAAAUACUGAUCAUAGGAUUGUUCGUUAUUGAAUUUUUAAUGAAUUAUUAAUGAUGUUCGUUAUUGAAUUUGACAAUUUUUUUAUCUAUGCAAUCGAGAACAGCUUCCAAUUCUUUAGAUCCACUGUAGUUAAGCAGAGGACCCUGUAAUUACUAUCUCGUGUAAGACUCGAGGGAAUAACACUAUGAAUGUCGUUCUAGCUUAAGUUUUAGUUGAAUUUCGUUUCAAGGCGCCAAACGUUUUUAACUGAUCCUCGUAGGACUCGACCUCGAGUAGAGUGUUCAAAUACUGAUUUUGAAUUUAUUUAUACUGUAUCAAGUUUAUAUAUUUCUUACUACUGUAUCAAUAUUAGUUAUACGAAAUUAAUAUUCUUCCUUUUUCUCUCCUUUCGAGAGAGAGAAAUUUACGUCAGACGUAAUGCGAGAUUUGCAAAGACUUGAAUUGUUUCUUCCAUAUUGCUCCUCCUCACCCGUAUCGAACUAUCAAGCUCCCGAAAUUUGUUUUAGCUGAGAUCUCGGUUGAAACUUUAGUCGAAGCCCUAGCUAAGGGUCUAGUUAGUUUUCUUUCGGUCAGUAAAGCUCAAACUCUAAUCAGAAUUUAAUCUUAACCUAACUGAAAUUUAAUUUCAACCUAGCUUAACCGAAACACAAUCUGAACUUAAUCUAACUUAGUCAGAGUGAACCCUAACUUUAUUUUUCUACAAACUCCCUAAUGUAUAAUUUACUAUUUUAUGAAUACGUCGUUCAAGUAACUUUUAAGUACUGACUUCCCAAUCAUAAGAUUAUAAUACUUUUGGAACUCUACUCGUGGAGUGUCAUGCUUAAAAAGUAUGAGGAACAGUGAAAAAUUGUUGGCGAUCGAAAACGAAGUUUGGCUUGAGUUUUCACAAAGGGUACGAGUGAGGCAGGCGUUUCUUUUUAAUUUUAAACUAUUAUACAACACAGAGGAUCAAGUGCAAUGCAUUUCGUUUUACCAUGUAAUACUCAUCGGAUUUCUUUCAUUCUCUCUAUUGUACUCGAAGCCUUAUAUUGUGAGGGUGCAACCAGACACCAGCCGAAUAUACGCGAUUUUUUUCAAUUGUGACAAAGUUACCUAACACUCUCGAGAGUCACUUUUUAUCCCGUUGGUAGACUGCGGAUCUUUAUGCAUUUACGAGGAAUUGAAAGAUGCUGAGAAUUUCCAGAAUGUAUGCAAAUUAGAAAAAUGGUAGCGGUUCACAAACUUUUGUGGGUCAAGACUUAUCUUUACAGAUAAUAAUUUCUUGCGAUUUAUUCUUUUGUAACGUACUAUAAUUAAAGGUGGAAGGCACUAAAUAAAAAAUAUUGUGGUUCAACGUACACGUAGUCUCACUCUCAAUGAAUAUAUAAUAAUAAUGAAUACAUAAUGUAUACAAUAAAUAUAUAAUAACGAAUAUAUUCGUAUAAUAACUCACUUUUGGAAUUUUCUCAAAAAUCAACUCGCGAUCAGUGAGGGGAUUCUCUGAUCUAAAGUGAAGUGGUCGUUUUAAUAUUUGAUAACUGAAACAAAUCUCGAUCUAGAUCCCCCUUUCUUAUUUACGUCUGCAAAGAUGUAAUUUUUUAUAAACGUCCGCAGUCUACUUGGAAAAAAGGAAGGCAAGAAUUAUUUAUUCUGUUUGGAGUCGUUGCGUCAGCUCUGGUUGCAUUCGCGUAAACAUACUGUAUAUUUUAUUAUCGUAAAGAUAAUUUAAUUUUUUAUACAA